AUGGAUAGGGCAGUGGACUACCGCGCCGAUCACUGGCAGUCCUUUUAUCUUGCUCAAGGACCCACCAUGCAAUCUGGUUUUACAGGCCAAACCAUGCUUACCAAGACAUCCCGCAAAGCUUGGGUCAUUCCUGGCCUACCACGUUCUGCUCCAUGGCAGUCACCCAGCAACAUGCGUGAUGGGGAGUAA